CGAUAGCUACGAAGGCCGUAAGGAAGCCUCGCGCCAGCCGAAGGAACAUCGUUCUAACUAAUGCGGGGAAGCUAAGCUAGCAAGUGGGUGAUAGAAAGCAGCGCCUGGUGCGGUGGUCUUUUGUCGCUGUUCCGCCGCAGUGAGUGUGUGUGUGUGAGAGAGAGUGCUUAUGCGUUUGUGUGUGUGGUCGGCUACGUGCAAAGUUGCGCGGGGGCCGCGAUGAGUACGGGGCACGUAGACAACCCGGGGCUGCGUAUCGGACUCCCGUGAUCAAAAUACAACGUCCCAAGAGGGAGAGAAGGGGGUAGUUCGGUGUCACAGCCUUGAUUUUAUCCCUCUUUCUUGGAGGCACAAGACCCAUUAUUUGUAUAAGCAUUCAGAUUGCUCGAAUAAAAGCGGCAUUAUUAUACAGUUAUCACAAGAUGAACGAAGCUGGUGAUUGUGACUCCCACCCCUUCACAUGAAUUAGGACCGCAAGAUGGAUAAAACUUUGCACAUUCUUCAGAAAUCUGCAGACGGCGUGCCGACUGGGAUUUCGUUGGAUGUGAGUUUAAACGUGGAUGAUGGGGAGGACUUCACGGAACAAUCAAUUGUGGGACUUUCGGACAAAAUACCUCUGGUGAAACCUUAUUUCAAAAAGAAGCAGAGGAAAAUAGACCCCAAAUGCCUUCACCGCGCCUUGGAGGAGCCCAUCCUGACCACUCUGCUCAGCGGCGACAUGCCGGGGGACGGCGUGUUUGUGCCGCGGAGUCAGGCUGGACGCACGCCGGGGAACCUGUGCGCGGCAGUUGCGGCCAAACAGAACUGUAUUGGCCCGGUGUGUGGACUUAAAGAAUCGCCGGCUUCAGACACCGCCUCUGCUGCCGGGACGGGAGAUGUGGAGAUGGCUGAUACUACUGCGGAGCUGGAGGAGACUGAGCGGAGAGGGGAGCGACCCAAGGCAAGCCUCAGGGCUGCGGGGACCACGGGAAAAAUAACGCCAGCCAGCAGGGAUGUACUUCCCAUUGUCGCACCACCGGCUACUCACCAGGAGGAAGCCAUCAAAAGCAAUGACCUCUUAACGCACACCAACACCACCCCUGCUAAAGACUGCACUAGCCUCCGGGACACCCUCCCCCCACUCCUGCAAGCCCAGCAGCUUGACAAAGGAGUGAUUUUUCAGGAUAAAAGUGAAGAGGCCUCCCUGGACUUGGUGUUUGAGCUGCUGACCCAGCUUCAGUAUCACACACACCAGUCAGACUCUGUGGACAUUUGUGUGGAUUUCCUCCAAGGACAAUGUGUGUACGGCAGUGACUGUGCCCACCACCACACGGUCCUGCCUUACCACUGGCAGAUCCGCAGAAGUGACACUCAGACGUGGCAAAGCAUAGCGGAUGAAUCCCAGGAACAGCUGGAGAGACUUUACUGCAACCCGGACAAUGACCAAGUCAGGCUCAAGUACCAGGGCUCCGUUUUUUCCCUGGACUUUGGAGCCAUGCGGGUUUGUGACCUAAAGUUUGACCGUGUCCGGCGUCUGACCACUCCCACGAAUCCACUCACCAUGCCCUCGCCGAACCCAAGCCCCACCCCUAGCUGUCACACAGUGUGGAAGUACUACUGCAGAGACAACUUUGGCUGGAGGGAAUACUCAGAGCCGGUGGUAAAGCUCAUAGAAAAGGCAACACUGAGGGGUCUCAAGGAGGUCCGAUUCAUCACGCUCCAGAACCAAUAUAUCCUAAACAUAAGGGAGGGCUUCCAGCAGAAUGCCAUGUUUGGGUUCAGGCGUCAGAUCAAGAAGCGGCCCAUGUUCAUGUCUUCGGUGAUGCUCGCACCCCACCUAGAGACUUUGGGUGGAACCUCUUCAACUUUACUGUCCAGCUCUUCCUCCUCUUCGUCAUCUCUCUCAUCGAUGGAUGUCAUGACGUCGCAUCCACUCUCCCCAACGACCGCCAACCCACCAAGCCUUUUCCCAGAGACGUGGUUGCCCAUGGCAGUGAACCAGGACUUCCUACAAGUGCCUGUGUCCCGCGACGACCGCAGCUACAGGACCGUGUACAGCUUGUUCCACAAAACGGUGGCUGAAACCAAGUUUAGGAUCAUUAAGAUACUUCGGGUGCAAAACCCCUUUCUUUGGGAGAAGUACAAAAGGAAGAAGGAGUACAUGUCCAGGCGUAUGACCGAGAUGGACCGGUUGCUGAGCGAGCGUCACCUCUUCCAUGGGACCUCGGCAGACGUGGUAGAAGGCAUCUGCAAGCACAACUUCGACCCACGUGUCUGCGGCAAACACGCUACCAUGUUUGGCCAGGGUUCCUACUUUGCCCGAAAGGCCGUUUACUCGCACAACUUCUCCAAGCGCUCACCCAAAGGAGUCCACUGCAUGUUCCUGGCCAAAGUGCUCACUGGCAGGUUUACCGUAGGAAACCCUUCAAUGCGGCGACCACCGCCCAUCAACCCCCGUGAUGCCUCCAGUGACCUGUAUGACUCCUGUGUGGACAACUGGGUGGACCCUCAGAUCUACGUCAUCUUCAAUGACGAUCAGAGCUACCCGUACUUCAUUAUUCAUUAUGAGGAGGUACCUAGCACUGUAGCCCUCUGAGCACACUUUGUUUUGGACCGCUCGGGUGUUUAUCCUCUUCCAACACCACCCAAUGGCUUAAAACACAUUCUGAGAGACAAUUGCAAAGGAAGCUGUCAACUGGAUACGACUGGACCGUUGAGGGACAACAAUCUAUGUGACUCCCUCAGUACGUUCACAUGCACUGGAUGUAGCCAAUGAAUGUGUGAAUUUAUACGUGUCAACAUUGGAAUUUGAUUAAAACUAUGAAUUGCUCCUUUUAUACAUCAAUUCACAUUUAAUUCAUAAGAGUGCUUCCAAGGAACCACCAAUGGAAGAAUGUGUGCAUGUAAACGUACUGAGUGUUCAGAGGUGGAUGGCAGCUGGCAACUGUUGCACUUGGCUGGAGUCUUAAACCAUGUUUACUUAAUGAGAACUUUCAAGAAAAUCAAACAUGACAAACAUUUUGAUGUAGUCAUACAGCUGUAAAUGAACACAGUCUCAUUGCAGCUCACACUGUAGUAGGUGGUUGGCAUCUUUGACUUCAGUUUUUCAAGGAGAUAGCAGCCAACCGGCAGAGGCUUCCAAUAACUUGGACCAAAAGAAAAAAAAGUGUGUUUUCCCAGCUGCUGGCCUGUAUGUUUUUCGAGUUUCAAGUCAAGUGUUGCGUGUUUCUAUUUAGUGAAGAUGAAUCUCGGGGCCUCUUCAACCGGUCAACGGACGUGAGCUUGAAUAAGACUUUUCCAAAUGGACAUCUAUGUACUGUAAACCUUCAGGCAGAGGACUCAUACCAAGUUACAACUGUUCCUUGCUGGCGUUGUUGCCUUGGCGCCCUCCGUUUUGCUUUCGAAAGGGGGAAUCGAAUUGAAGUGAAUAGCCUUCAUGCUGAGGCUGCAGCAAUGAAACGUAUCUCCCUUCUCCCUCUUUCUGUCUCUCUUUCUGACUGACUGUUAGUGUUUAAACAGUAGACAAGUUUGAUUGAGACAAACUGUACAAAUGUUCUCUGUUUAUAUUUGAACUUGUGUGCCUUUUGUUCAUAAAAAUGUUUAUUUAUGUUAGUUUAAUGUUACAUUGAUUGAAUAAAAAAUGAAAAAGCAAAUA